GCCGCGGAAAGGCGAACCUAGAGCUCGGAGAAGGAGAGAUCGGGAAACCCCGUCCCCCGCCCCUUCCCCCCGCCCAGUCUUGGGGUGGAAAUUCGCAGCCCAAGCUGGAAUCCUAGACUUGGGGCGCGCUCCCAGCCUUGGCCAAGGAAAGGUAUUUGAGGGUAUAGGAUUAAGGACGCCUCUCCCCCCAGCCGCUAAGGUCUGGCGAGGGUCCACCCUGCGCCCCGGUGGGGCCCGCCCCCCGCCCCCCGCCCCCCUCCCCCCUCCCGGUCCCCGGCCCGCGCGCGGCUGCUCCUUUAAGAAGCCCAGGUAGGCAGGCCCGGCUGCGGGAGCCGCUCCUAUGGCAACCCGCGAGCUGCGGCGGCUUCAUGAAUAUUCCGGGGCGCGGGAGCCGAGCGCUGCCGGAGGGCGCUCCGGGGGAGGCGGCCGCUGAUGUAAGCCCGGCGGGCCGCUGGGCUCCGCUCGGCUGCGGCGGGAGCCCCGGGACCGGCCGGCCGGGCUUGGCCAGAGGAGGCGAGGCGAGCUCGCGAGUGGCUGGCCACAAAGCCGAGGCGGCGGGACAGACUGACAGCCCGCCGGCCCGCGGGACGCACGCCCGGGAGGCGCGCGGGUCGUGCGCUUUGCGCUCCAGAGCGGUUCUCCGAGCUCCGCGGCCGCAGCGCCGCUUCUACCCGCGCCCAUUGUUCCCCGCGGGGGCGGGGCGCCUGGAGCCGGGCCGCGCGCCGCGCCCCCGAACGCGGGAGGGAGAGAGGGAGGGAGCGCGGGGUCCCCGCGCCCAGCCCGGCCCGGGAGGAGGCGCAGCGCGGCGAGCCCGGGGACCCGGAGCCGGAUUGGGAGCCUCCCCGCGGCACCCAGCCUGCCCAAGCAUGGGCGCCUGAGGCGACCCGGAGCCGGCGGCGAAGGACGCGACCCCGCGGGCGGAGUGACCGGCGGGCGGACCUGGAGCGGGUCGGCGACGCCGCACCCGCGCCCCUGCCCCGGCCGGGCUCCGGCCCCUGGCGCCAUGGACAAGCUGCCGCCGUCCAUGCGCAAGCGGCUCUACAGCCUUCCGCAGCAGGUGGGGGCCAAGGCGUGGAUCAUGGACGAGGAAGAGGACGCCGAGGAGGAGGGGGCUGGGGGCCGCCAGGACCCCAGCCGCAGGAGCAUCCGGCUGCGGCCGCUGCCCUCGCCCUCACCCUCGGCGGCCGCGGGCGGCACGGAGCCCCGGGGCGCGGCCCUCGGGGCGGCGGACGGCGAGGGGCCGGCCCGCGGCGCGGGCAAGUCCAGCACCAACGGCGACUGCAGGCGCUUCCGCGGGAGCCUGGCCUCGCUGGGCAGCCGGGGCGGCGGCGGCGGCGCCGGAGCGGGGGGCGGCAGCAGUCACGGGCACCUGCAUGACUCCGCGGAGGAGCGGCGGCUCAUCGCCGAGGGCGACGCGUCCCCCGGAGAGGACAGGACGCCCCCGGGCCUGGCGGCCGAGCCAGAGCGCCCCGGCGCCUCGGCUCAGCCCGCAGCCUCGCCGCCGCCGCCCCAGCAGCCGCCGCAGCCGGCCUCCGGCUCCUGCGAGCAGCCCUCGGUGGACACCGCUAUCAAAGUGGAGGGAGGCGCGGCCGCCGGCGACCAGAUCCUCCCCGAGGCCGAGGUGCGCCUGGGCCAGGCCGGCUUCAUGCAGCGCCAGUUCGGAGCAAUGCUCCAGCCCGGGGUCAACAAAUUCUCCCUGAGGAUGUUUGGCAGCCAGAAAGCCGUGGAGCGCGAGCAGGAGAGGGUGAAGUCGGCCGGAUUUUGGAUUAUCCACCCCUACAGCGACUUCAGAUUUUACUGGGACCUGACCAUGCUGCUGCUGAUGGUCGGAAACCUAAUCAUCAUUCCCGUGGGCAUCACCUUCUUCAAGGAUGAGAACACCACACCCUGGAUCGUCUUCAAUGUGGUGUCGGACACAUUCUUCCUCAUCGACUUGGUCCUCAACUUCCGCACAGGGAUCGUGGUGGAGGACAACACCGAGAUCAUCCUGGACCCGCAGCGGAUUAAGAUGAAGUACCUCAAAAGCUGGUUUGUGGUGGAUUUCAUCUCCUCUAUCCCUGUGGACUACAUUUUCCUCAUCGUAGAGACUCGCAUUGACUCAGAGGUCUACAAGACCGCCCGGGCCUUGCGCAUUGUCCGCUUUACCAAGAUCCUCAGCCUCCUGCGCCUCUUGCGUCUCUCCCGCCUCAUUCGAUAUAUUCACCAGUGGGAAGAGAUCUUCCACAUGACCUACGACCUGGCAAGCGCAGUGGUGCGCAUAGUGAACCUCAUCGGCAUGAUGCUCCUGCUCUGCCACUGGGACGGCUGCCUGCAGUUCUUGGUGCCCAUGCUGCAGGACUUUCCCGACGACUGCUGGGUGUCUAUCAACAACAUGGUGAACAACUCCUGGGGAAAGCAGUAUUCCUAUGCCCUCUUCAAGGCCAUGAGCCACAUGCUGUGCAUUGGGUAUGGACGGCAGGCACCUGUGGGCAUGUCGGAUGUCUGGCUCACCAUGCUCAGCAUGAUUGUGGGCGCCACCUGCUAUGCCAUGUUCAUCGGCCACGCCACCGCCCUGAUCCAGUCCCUGGACUCCUCCCGGCGCCAGUACCAGGAAAAGUACAAGCAGGUGGAGCAGUACAUGUCCUUCCACAAGCUCCCGCCCGACACGCGGCAGCGCAUCCACGACUACUAUGAGCACCGCUACCAGGGCAAGAUGUUCGACGAGGAGAGCAUCCUGGGCGAGCUGAGCGAGCCACUGAGGGAGGAGAUCAUCAACUUCAAUUGCCGGAAGCUGGUGGCCUCCAUGCCUCUGUUUGCCAAUGCGGACCCCAACUUCGUGACCUCCAUGCUGACCAAGCUGCGCUUCGAGGUCUUCCAGCCUGGGGACUACAUCAUUCGUGAAGGCACCAUUGGCAAGAAGAUGUACUUCAUCCAGCACGGCGUGGUCAGUGUGCUCACCAAGGGCAACAAGGAGACCAAGUUGGCAGACGGCUCCUACUUUGGAGAGAUCUGCUUGCUGACUCGGGGUCGGCGCACGGCCAGCGUGAGGGCCGACACCUACUGUCGCCUCUACUCGCUGAGCGUGGACAACUUCAACGAGGUGCUGGAGGAGUACCCCAUGAUGCGGCGGGCCUUCGAGACGGUGGCGCUGGACCGCCUCGACCGCAUUGGCAAGAAGAACUCCAUCCUCCUCCACAAAGUCCAGCACGACCUCAACUCAGGCGUCUUCAACUACCAGGAGAACGAGAUCAUCCAGCAGAUCGUGCAGCAUGACCGCGAGAUGGCCCACUGCGCUCACCGCGUCCAGGCCGCCGCCUCGGCCACCCCGACGCCCACGCCGGUCAUCUGGACCCCGCUGAUCCAGGCGCCGCUGCAGGCCGCCGCGGCCACCACCUCGGUGGCCAUCGCGCUCACCCACCACCCCCGCCUGCCCGCCGCCAUCUUCCGCCCUCCCCCCGGCCCCGGGCUAGGCGGCCUCGGGGCGGGGCAGACGCCCAGGCACCUGAAGCGGCUGCAGUCCCUGAUCCCGUCGGCGCUGGGCUCUGCCUCGCCCGCCAGCAGCCCGUCGCAGGUGGACACGCCGUCUUCCUCCUCCUUCCACAUCCAGCAGCUGGCCGGCUUCUCCGCGCCCGCCGGCCUCAGCCCGCUCCUGCCCUCGUCCGGCUCCUCCCCGCCGCCCGGGCUCGGCGGCUCGUCCCCGGCUCCCACGCCCUCCGCCUCCGCCCCUGCCGCCGCGGCCGCCGGCUUCGGCCACUUCCACAAGGCGCUGGGCGGCUCCCUGUCCUCGUCCGACUCUCCGCUGCUCACGCCGCUGCAGCCCGGCGCCCGCUCGCCGCAGGCCAACCAGCCGCCGCCCCCGCUGCCCGGGGCGCGGGGGUGCCUGGGACUCCUGGAGCACUUCCUGCCGCCCCCGCCCUCCUCCCGGUCCCCGUCGGCCAGCCCCGGGCAGCUGGGCCAGCCUCCCGGGGAGCUGGCCGCCGGCCCGCCAAGUACGCCAGAGACGCCCCCGCGGCAACCUGAGCGGCCGUCCUUCGUGGCGGGGGCCCCCGGGGGGGCUUCUCCCGUAGCCUUUCCCCCCCGUGGAGGUCUCAGCCCGCCGGGCCACAGCCCCGGCCCCCCAAGAACUUUCCCAAGUGCCCCCCCUCGGGCCUCCGGCUCCCACGGCUCCUUGCUCCUGCCGCCCGCCUCCAGCCCCCCGGCCCCCCAGGUCCCCCAGCGCCGGGGCACGCCACCGCUCACCCCGGGCCGCCUCACCCAGGACCUCAAGCUCAUCUCAGCCUCCCAGCCGGCCCUGCCCCAGGACGGGGCGCAGACUCUCCGCAGAGCCUCUCCGCACUCCUCGGGGGAGUCCGUGGCCGCCUUCCCAACCGUCCCCAGAGCUGGCGGCGCUAGCGGGGGCAGCGGGGGCCUCGGCCCCCCGGGGAGGCCCUAUGGUGCCCUCCCCGGCCAGCAUGUCACUCUGCCUCGGAAGACAUCCUCAGGUUCUUUGCCACCCCCUCUUUCUUUGUUUGGGGCAAGAGCCGCCUCUUCUGGGGGGCCCCCUCUGACUGCUGCCCCCCAGAGGGAACCUGGGGCCAGGGCUGAGCCAGUGCGCUCCAAACUGCCGUCCAAUCUAUGAGCGGGUCCCCUCCCUCCCUCUUCUCUCUUCUUUUUUUCUCCCUUCUUUCUUCCUUCAGGUUUAACUGUGAUUAGGAGAUAUACCAAUACCAAUAAUAAUUAUCAUUAAAAAAAAAAAAACCCACACCAGAAAAACAAAAGACAGCAGAAAAUAACCAGGUAUUCUUAGAGCUAUAGAUUUUUGGUCACUUGCUUUUAUAGACUAUUUUAAUACUCAGCGCUAGAGGGAGGGAGGGGGCAGGGAGGCAGGCAGGGCCCAAAGGCAAAAGCCAGAAGAAUGCAGGUGGGGGUUUCUGGGGCUUGACGGGCGUGGGGGUGACCCACCUUUGGGGUUUCUUAGAGCAGGUCUGUUAUUGUGUUCGUUUUAGGGCAAUAGUCACCACCAGCCCCUUAGCUGCGGUCAUCUUGUUCCCCCCAGGAAGGCGUUGCCCCUGGAUGUGUUCCUGGGGAGCCUCAGUCACCCGAGUCCUUGAGACAAAAUGGGGCCAGGGCCCUGAGAGUCUUGCAUUUUUUUUUCUACUGCAAACUUAGCAAGCUAUGUAUAUGAAUAUGAAUAUGUAUAUGUAUGUAAAAUGUGUAUAGCUAUGUAGCGCCCUGCAGAGCCAUGUAGAUAGCCACUCACGUGUGUGCUCAUUUUAACCCCCCGUCGCCAGGACGCCCAGGGCACCUUACAUCCCGCAGCCCGCCUUGGCCCUCUGGCUGGGCACCCCAGGGUCUGGGGAAGAUGUUCUCUCCAGUCCUCAGGGAAGAGGACACCAGGACCUCUCAGCAGGGUCCCUUUCUCUCCAUCUCUGGUCUCAAAUCCAGUCCUAGCCCGACCUCUCCCCACACAGAAGCAGAAGACCCCCUCCUUCCCUGUGGGGCCUCAAGCACA